AUGAAGUCGGGCAGCGCGAACGAACAUCAGGGCUCGAUAUUGCUCAAACCAGAGGAAAAUGAACAGGUCUUUCGACUUAUUGGGAAUCGCUGCCAGUGCCUUGCUGCGGGUAUUAUUCAACUGUACUUGACAGAACCUCCAAGACAUAAUGAAUGGAUAAAGAAAAAUACAGGAAUCAUCACACUGAUCAGAGAUACUUCUAAACGAAGUUUUUUCCUAAGACUGUAUUGCAUUCAGAAGAAAACUUUACUUUGGGAACAUGAAGUUUACAUGUCCAUUGAGUAUAAGGCACCUGAAAAUUAUUUUCAUACCUUUGAAGCUGAAGACUGCAUGGCAGCAUUUAAUUUUGCUAGUGAAACUGAUGCAAUUGUCUUGAAAAAUGUUCUUGAUGAAAGACUCUCUGCAAGAGCCAGACGUAGAUCUGAAAGACACUCAAAACCACCAGAAAAUCAAAGAGGAGUUACUUUACCUCAAAAAAAUCAAAGUGUGAGCACACCAUCUUUAGGUCUUGUGCCAAAUACUUCGGAAAAAUUUUCAAAUGGAACAUCCAUGACUUCUAAUAUAAAUAGAAGUUUAUCGAACAUUUCAUCAUCUACCAAAUCUUCCAAGAAGAAAAAGAAAAAUCAUGAGUCUAAGAAAAAAUUAACAACUAAUGAUAUUGGAUUACCGUUUGAUUUUAGACACGUGGAACAUGUGGGCACCGAUAUAAAUAACUGUAGGGUAGUAGAUCCGGAAUUGAAAGCUUUCUUUGAUAAAGUUGGAAUAUCAGAUACUCACUUGGAAAAUCGCGAAACACGAGAUUUUAUUUACGAUUUUAUCGAGCGCUAUGGGGGUAUGAAUGCAGUGAAAAAGGAAAUAGUUCCGUCAUCAAGUACGAAACCGCCGUCGCCAAUUAAUAUGCAGCAUCAAGUGCCAAGACCUUUGCCAAAAUCAGAACCUCCACCACCUGUGCCAGCAAGAACAAUACCAGUGAACACAAACUUUUCAAACAAUAGUCAUCAACGAAAAGCGCCUCCGUUGCCUCCAGUUCAGACUCAAAGUCAAGCUCCACCUCCACCUCCAAAUGUACCACCUCAAGUUCAUAGAGCACUUCCAACCAGGCCACCUCCACCUGCGGCAGCUCCAGUUGCGGCACCAGCACCAGCAAUAGCACCAGUAUUACCCCCACCACCACCACCCCCUCCAAUGCCUGUUGAAUUACCAAAAGCUGUAAAUGCACCACCACCACCACCUCUACCCAGUUUGAGUCCUAAUAAUAAUGGUAAUAGUGGAUCUAGCAACGAUAUUAAGGCACCUGUACCUGCAGUGGAUCCCCGAUCAAUGUUAAUGGAGUCAAUACGUAGUGGUAUUCCCUUGAAGAAAAUAAAUAAAGAAGAAACAAAAUCGCCCACUCCAAAAGAUACGAGAAGUAAUCUUUUGGAUGAAAUACGACAAGGAAUAACGCUGAAACCAGUAACAAAUGAACCAAGGCCAAACAGUGCCACACCGAACGUUGUCGAGGGUGGCUUAGCAGCAGCACUAACCAGAGCAUUGGCUGAACGAUCGCGAGCUAUGUACAGUGAGAGUGAAGAUUCAAGUGACUUCAGUGAUAAUGAUGACGAGUGGGACGAUUAGUACUUUAAGAAUGGCUUGGACGUGUUUUUUUUUGUAUGUAUAAAAAUGUCUAUCGUUAACAGGACAAUAACGAGAAAUUAUCACAAAAAAAAUGGAAUGUGUUUGGUCGUCGAAUUGAUGACAGAACAAUCAAUUCAAGAUGACAUUGGUAUUAUAUCAAGUGAUCGUAGACCAAGUUAAACGCCCUAAGUAAUGUAUUAACGUGCAUGUUCACGAGCAUGUUAUAUGUAAAAACGUGGUAUGAAUUAUACGUGGGACCGAUAUAAAAUUGCAUUAUAUAUUCAGUAGCUUUGAACCAAUGUUCGAUCAUAGAUUGAUGUGUGUGUUAAUUGAAUGGAUUGAAAUGCAAGCGAAUUUGAAAAAAAUAUACCUUAAACGUUAAAAUAUCAUCGUUAUAAAAAUACGUCAAAAAUGGUUGUUAUUAAAUAAGACUCAUAUUGAUGUCUAUCGUGAUCUACAAUAGGUACGUCAUCAUUUCUAGAAGAGUAUUAUUUACAAUUGUUCUGAAAUUCUAAAUGUUAGUGUAAAAUCUUUGUUUUUAUACAGCACAUAAUUUUUUUAUGGAUUAAAAAACUUGUUCUGUAGAAAUACAAUAUAAAAAGAAUUUUCGCGUCUUCAUGGGUGAAAUCUGUGUAAAACACCCUGAGCAAUGAACAAAGCAAUGAAGCAAAAACAACAUUUAACUGUUAGCUGGCUACGACUAAUAGCAGAUUAAUAGAAGAAAAUUAAUAUGCUUAUGAUAAAGGAAGAGCAACACUAUGUAAUUUGUCUAAAAUUUUACAAGGACAAGAAAAUUACGCGUGCUUAACACAUAUGUUUUUCCUCACAGUGCCUGAACUUUCUCCUCCUUCAUUUUAUAAUACUGGUUAUUUGAGUACGCACAAACAUGCGUAAAAAUUAUUGAAAAUAACUAAACUUCAUGGUCAUAUAAUGUAGUGGAGGACUCUUGAUGUUAUUAGUGUAGUUGUUAUUUUAUUGAUAUAGGCUAUUAAAUCCUGAAAAAAAACUCCACUAAUAAACCGUUGAUGGACUGUAUAAAUGAUUCACUAAUUAAUGUAAAAAUAUUAAUGAAGGAUAUUGGCCUAAAAAUAUAUGUUUACCGGGUGAAAAGUAAGCGCACCUAAAAUGGAUUAAGUACACAUCUCCAUUCUCGAUAGAAAUUUUCGAUCCCAUAAAAUAAAGUGGGUAAUCACUGAUGGAGGCGUUUAACUAGUCUUCGAAGUUCAUCGACGAGUACCAAGUAUUCAUUAUAUUUUCGGUUAACGAACGUGUAGAGUGUAUAUAUUAUAUUAUAUAUAUUAUAUAUUAUACAUACUAUAUUAUAAUUUUUUUAAUUUACCAAGUACUAUUACUCGUUACAUGUAUUAUAACUAAUUUUAUUAAUUUUAUUAAUUAAAUAAUAAAGGCUUUAUGACUUUCAAUUCAA